GUUAUGGAGCAGCAAAUUUACGACAGCUGCAGCAAGGAGGACUACUGCGUUUGCUUCCUGCGGAGCCGCACGGGUAACCCACGAAGAGCAACCUUUCCUGGAGGGUCACUGUCCCCGGCGGAUCGCUACCUGGCCAAGAACAACUUGGUGAAUGCCAGCGACAGCGAAGAGGUCUUCCUUGGACUGAGACUGGCGGCUAUACGCAGAACGUUCGAAGCCGCUGGCAUCAUGGCAGCUGCAAAUCCACCUCCCAGCUUCGCACGACAAGAGCUGCAGAAGAUACUGCUUCGAGAAGGGCCAAUGGCUUUCCACGCAUUUCUGGAUGAUUGGGGCAUCCGGCUGAGACCGGAAGACCUCUUUGAGCUCUCCUGGUUUCUGAUGCCGGGGCCACAGGGGGAAGAGCACAUCUUCUUGGUGCAGAUCCCAGAUGCCGAUGAGGCAUGUUGGGCCAACAAUGCUGGGUCUGACGAAUGUGACAUAGUGUGGGCCACGCCGUCGGACUUGUUGGAGAUGCACAGGCCUUCCCCGAAGCCUCUUUCUGUGGUGCUACGGUACUACUAUUGUUACUCAAGCCAGGGUCAUCGCUUUAAAGGUACCAUGACUAGCUGA